CCCGUCCCGCCGCCGCGGGGCUGGCCGCGCCGCGGGGCGCGGCGGGAGGAGGCGGCCGGUGCCGGCGGUGGGGUCGGGGUCGGGAGCUCACCGGGACACCGCGCGGCGGCCGGCGGGGGGCGCGCGCCGGGGCUCCCCUCUACGUCACCCGGGAUUCCCCCUCGGCGUGACGCGCGCCGGGGCUCCGCCCAGGGGCGGGGCCGCGCCCGCCUCGCCCCGCCUAUUGACGUCACUUGCGCCACGUGUCUCCCCUCCGAGGGGCGAUGCGGCCGCGCCCCUCGGCGCCGAUUGGCCCUGGCAGCGGGAGGCGAGCGCGGAUUGGCGGCGGGGCGCGGGGCGAGGCGGGGGCGCGGCGGGUGAAUGAACGGGGCGCGCGGCGGCGGCGGGACCCCGGUGCGGAGCGGCCCCGGGAGCGCAGCGGCACCCGGCGGACCCACGCCGGUCCGCCACCGCCAGCAGCCGGGGCCAUGGGCACGCCGGCCUCGGUGGUGAGCGACCCUCCGGGGCGGGCGGCGCCCGCAGCCCGCGGCCGCAAGCGAGCCUCGGCCAACAUCUUCCAGGGCGUGGGGCUGCCGGAGCUGCGGAGCCUGUUCCGGAGCGGCGGGGCCGAGCGGCCCGAGGAGCGCGCCCGCCUCGUCUGGCGGUACGCGGGCCAGCGACGCAUGGCGCGGGCCCUGCGGCGGCUCCGGCGGCGGCGGCCGGCCCGGGAUGGCGGCAGGAUGGCGGCGCUGCAGCGGUUCGGCCGCCUGCGGAUCGCGGAGAAGGAGCCGGAGGGCGGCUGCGGGGCCGAAGCGUGCUUGGGGUCCACACAGCAGUGCUGAGCGGCCGGGCCACGGAGGAGCAGGGCUGCUGGACAGCAGGUACCGGGACAGCCAGGCUCUCCGAGGACCCGAAGCCUACGGGACAGGGUGCAACGGUUAAUAAAAGGUGGACAGUG